AUGGGAAGGAAGCACGUGUCCUCGCUAGCCUUCAUUCUCCCUAUCUUAGCCAGUACCGCAGAUGCGGCGUCAGACCCCGCCCGGCCGCGGGGUGUCGCUCCGGAGUUUGCAAAGUACUACAAGGAUGCCGAGACAUUCACUUGUAUCUCGAAUCCCGCCAUCAAACUCCCAAUCGCACGCCUGAACGACGACUACUGCGACUGCCCCGAUGGCUCUGAUGAGCCAGGCACCUCGGCGUGCGCCUACCUCUCGCCCCUCUCCCCACCACAGCCUCUAGGCUUCAAGGGCAAAGACGUCAACGCUACGCCUGCUCUUCCUGGCUUCUACUGCAAGAACAAGGGCCACCAGCCGAGCUACAUCCCCUUCACCAACGUAAACGAUGGCGCAUGCGACUACGAACUAUGUUGUGACGGCAGCGACGAAUACGAGCGUGUGGGGGGCAUCAAGUGUGAAGACAAGUGCGCGUCGAUUGGGAAAGAAUGGCGGAAGGCGGACGAGGCGAGACAAAAGAGCCUGACCGCUGCAAAGCAAAGGAGGAAGGAGCUCAUCGCCGAGGCUGGUCGCAUGCGGAAGGAGGUCGAGGACCGCAUUCAGACGCUCAAGACGCAGAUAGAAGGUGCAACUCUCAAAGUCGACGGGCUGACCAAGAGCCUCGCCGAGAUCGAGAGGGCUGAGCGAGGCAAGGUCGUCAAGGGCGCAGGCAAGGGCGGCAAGAUCACAGUGCUGGCCAGCCUCGCCAAGGAUAGAAUCCAAGAGCUGACCGACAACGUCAACCGCGUACGAGACGAGAGGAACGCGGCACAAUCACGGGUUGAGGAGCUCGAGGGCAUGUUGAAGCGCUUCAAGGAGGAGUACAAUCCCAACUUCAACGACGAAGGCGUGAAGCGUGCCGUGCAGGCCUGGGAGAACUAUGCUGCACAAGAACGCCCGGGACCCAACAACGCUCUAGACCGCGACCUCGAUGAGAUUCUCAAGCCGGACUCUGAGAGCGCCAUCAAAUGGGACGAGUUCGAGACGGUUGAAGAGUCUGACGUGGAGCUCCUCUACAAGUUCGAGGAGUACCUUCCCGACUCCAUCCGUAGCUGGGUGGACAGCAAGCUGCGCGACUUGCGUGUCGCGCUCAUCGAGAACGGUAUCCUCGCAGACCCCACAACCGGCGAUACGCCAGAAUCAAAGGCCAUUACCGACGCCAAGUCACAGCUUGACUCUGCGAAGAAGGAGCUCGAAGGCGACAAGUCGGAACUCACAAGGCAUGAAGAAGAUCUCAUCAAAGACUACGGACCAGACUCCAUCUUCCGCGCCCUCAAGGACCGCUGCACCUGCACUGACUCUGGCGAAUACACAUACGAGCACUGCUUCCUCUCAAAGACCACUCAGAAGCCUAAGAAAGGCGGUGGCCACACUGGCAUGGGCAACUUUGCACGCAUUGAAUCGAUCACCGUCGAUGAAGAGCUUCCUGCCGAUGGUAAGGGCUUGGGCAGUGGAGAAAGGAUUGCAAUCAAGUACGAGAAUGGCCAACACUGCUGGAACGGCCCCAACCGAAGCACCAUGGUCAUUCUAGCGUGCGCUGAAAAUGACGAAAUUUGGAAGAUCGUCGAGGAAGAAAAGUGCGUCUACCGAAUGGAAGUAGGUACGCCUGCAGUCUGUGGCAUCGAAGUACAAAAGGCUGCGCCAGCGCACAAUGAGUUGUGA